CGUAGGCCCAUCGAGUGAGCGGCAUGUCAAAAGAUGAUAAAAAAGAAAUUAAUUUUGUCCACCGGGACAAAUUUCUCGCGGAAAUGUUCCUGAAAGCCGAGAGGUCGGUCAAACCGCAUACGACGUUUCAAGUCAACCCGUUAAAGAAAACGCAUAUCCUUCCAGACACGCCCACCACCAUGGACCCGUCGAUAGUGAUGGCGAAAAUUAAGGAGCCUGGUUUCGCAGAUACGACCGUAGUCAAGUUAAACAUGGACCCGCACGGCAAGAAGGAGGAUUUGUGGGAUCCCGAAGCGGAAGAGGCUCGGCAAAAAUUGCUGAACAACAAGCGCAUGAGAGAAGGCCUUGAUGAGCAAAUGAAGGAGCGGCAAAGAAUAAAAGAGGAAGAGCGACGGAUCAAGACGGAAGAGCAAGAGAUGAUCAAGUGCCUCGGCGAAUUAUACGAGCAGGAGCUCGAGGAGUCCGCGCACAACAUGGCAGAGGCCAAGAAGAGAUUAUAUCAAGAAAUACAGGAAGAUAUCGCCGAUAGCCGGCUGUUCCGGGAAAAAGAGGCGCACAGAGAAAUGAUGGAAAGCAAAAGAACCGCGGAAAUACAACUCAACUUACUCGAAACGUACUGGAAAAGAAAAACGACCAAGAAAGUUUUUCCGAAGAGCGGCCGAAGUAAGAACCUGUAACCGAAGACAACGCGUAUCCUCAUCUCGUCAUCGUAUCUGCGCAAUGGCAGAGGCGGCGGAGAAGCAGACGGCCGCUUUGUCUGAAGAAGAACUGGAUGGGCCUUCAAUCGUGGCUCCAACUAGCCCGUCAGUGCCAAUGGGCGCCCGCCCGGAACCGCAGCAUGACUUUUAAACCUGACGUGGCUAACAGGUAGAAGACAAUAAAAUGUCACACUCGCGUAACGGUGUGAAAUGAAUACCGAUUUGGUGGUACCAGCAUUUCCAUACAGUUCUUGCAUUGGUGGUGGAGACACGAGUCCAGAAUCCAGUCGUGUGCUGUUUAUGAAUCUUCUCCGAAGCUGUUCUUGUUCACUGCCCUAAUAAAAGUCUGUCUAAAAAUCCC